UUCUCCGCUUGGUACUUCAGUCUUAGCGGUGCAAACAGUAACGUUAAAACCCAAUUUUAAUCGACAACAGGUUGUAGCUGGAUAACAGGAUAAAGUUAUGUGAGUGGCGGUUUACAGUAAACGGACUCAAAAGGCAUUGCAAGUCUGUCAGUCUGCUCCAUACAGCCCACAGCGGAGCUUGCACACUGGUGUCAUCUUGUGUCGGUGAAAAGAGGAAGCGGUACUGAUGCAUGAACUCGCUGUGUGUCGGCCCUCUCCGUGCCAUCUAAAGGAAGAUCUCUUGACAGUCUGAGAGCAACUGUCAGUUUGUCGCAAACUGUUUCAGGAAGACGGUGUCACCCUGAAGACACAAAGGCAGAAAAGGAUCCUUUGAGAAUGUCAAGCUCACUGGUCGUGUGUGAAGUGGAUGAAAGUUUGAAAGAGAAGCUGAAAAAGUUUAGAUUUCGAAAAGAGACCAACAAUGCUGCCAUUCUGAUGAAAAUAGACAUGGAGAAACAGCUUGUUAUCCUCGAGGAGGAAUAUGAGGACAUCUCACUGGAUGCAUUGAGAGAAGAACUUCCAGAGCGACAACCCAGGUUCAUUGUCUACAGCUACAAAUACGUCCACGCUGAUGGGAGAGUGUCUUACCCUCUGUGCUUCAUAUUCUCCAGUCCCAUGGGGUGCAAGCCAGAGCAGCAGAUGAUGUAUGCAGGCAGCAAGAAUCGACUGGUCCAAGCUGCAGAGCUCACAAAGGUCUUUGAGACAAGAAAUGCUGAUGAUUUGACAGAAGAAUGGCUGAAGAACCAGCUGGCAUUUUUUCGCUGAAUAUGUAUUGCCUAUAUCUCCAGUACUAUAAUGUACAGUGAUUUUUGUUUGUGAAACAUGACUGUCAAUUUAAUUUCCAGUUAUCGUGUGUUUUAUUAUUAAUAAAUGAUUUACUGCA